AUGCCCAACCGCUUCGAGGACCGCGACGUCGGCCCAGCCUCCCUGGGCGGGCUGCUGUCCUUCCCUUUCUCCCCGCGUGUAGCCCCCAACCGGUUCACGAGGGCAGCCAUGACAGAGUACCUCACGGUUUGGGGUCACGACAACAUGGUCGCAAGCGGCAUCCACGACACGGCGCUCACGAAGCUGUACGGGCACUGGGACCGCGGAGCCUGGGUCGUUGUUCACCGAGUUCGCCAAGGCCAUCGUGCCGCACGCGGUGGGCGCGAUGCGAUGGUGGACGCGCUGCGCAGCGGGCUCGAAGGCAGCGGGAUAGCGCGAGUCAGCGCCAUGGAGCCAGUGUUGCCGCCGGAGAUCCUGCUUGUCGGCCCGAGGAGUUGCAUCAAAGCCAAAGGCGUCGUGAAUGACGAGAAAGACAUUGGAUCUGAGCCGAUCGAUCCAUCAGACCAAGAGUCUUUCGAUGCUUUCCUCGAGGACUUUGCGGCUUGGGUCGCCUCGUUACCAGCAAUGACGUUGAAGGAGCCGCACGGUCAUGUCUCGAUUCGAUCGACGAAGGUCAUACCAUACGGGGUAAUCGCGGCACUGCCGGUGUGA